AUUCGGCUUCUUCAUGGUGUGUUGAAAGGUCUAAAUGACUUUGUCAGCGUUACCCAAGUUUUUUUAAAAGCCACGAACUGGUCAACAUCGAUAUUUUAAAGCGAUGAACUAGUCCGCGGGAAUAAGUCCAGUAAAAUAUGCAACCUGCUAUUUAGCUCCAGGUGGCCUUUAGUUUGUGAGCAUCUUUACUUGUGUUGUGAUAAUUUAGUACCCGUUUGGUUUUCAUUACUCCCCUGUCAUCUGCCUGGAACACAAAAUGUUGUUGCUAAUGCAAAUUCAUUGGACGUUUGUUUUCCGAUUUAUAGUUUGUUUCUGUUUGGUGGGAUUUGCUGCUGCAAAAUGUGAUCCUGAAAUAUGUGGGUCUACCAAUGUGAGUUACCCAUUUUGGAUUAACAAUCCUGAUUGUGGAUACCCUGGUUUUCAGAUCAAUUGCACCAAGGAUAACUCUACAGGCAAUCUUGCUCCGUUUCUUCCUGUCUAUGUAGGUAAUAAUAUCAAUAAUCUAACAUGGGCUUAUUUUAAGAUUAUGGAGAUCAAUUAUACUGGUUACCUCAUCAUAAAUUCUACUUCUGUCUUUGCCCAAUCCUGUGAUAAAAGAACUAGUGAUGAAGUGUUCUUUCAGCUACCACCACACGGGCCUUUCACUAUUUCCAAGUUCAAUAGGUUUGUGGUUGUCGGGUGCAAUGGAUUUGGUACCUACACAUAUAGGAGCUGGGGGGAGGUGAGUUGUGUAACAACAUGUGACUCUCAAAGUGAUCCACCAUAUUGCAGCUAUGGAUGUUGUGAAAUUGUCCUUCCAGAUAAUUGGCAGUGGAUAAAUUUCACGGGCGGUGGUCUAUUUGGUUUGUUCAACUCUACAAUCAACGAUUAUGAGGACACUUGUGCCUUCUCCACCAUAUUAGACCCCUCUACCUUCACCAUAGUCGACAAUAGAACAAACCUCUUCUGGGGAGAAGGUUGGAAGGCUUACUACGGUCUUCGCCUUAACUGGGGUAUUGGCCUUCAGAACUGCUCCGCAGCUAAGGCAACUGCCAAUUAUUCUUGCUCCUCCAAUGCAGAAUGCAAUGAGUCUCCAACGACACAAGGGCAUGUAUGCAAAUGUCUUCCUGGAUAUGAAGGAAAUGGUUACUCCAAUGGCACUGGUUGUGCAGACAUAGACGAAUGUAGUCAUACAAACUGGAAUAUAUGCGUUGGAGCAGAGGAAGGAGGAGUAUGCCAUAAUUUGAUAGGCUCCUACAGUUGUUCGUGUGCAAAGGGUUAUAAGGGAGAUGGCCUUGGAAACGGGACAAGAUGUGUAUCCAAAAGAUCUAACUCUCUCAAAUCUGGAAUCAUAGUCUUUUUUUCUUCCAUCGUUGGAGUUUCUGUGGGAGCCUGUGGAGUAUUUUGGUGGCUGAGGAGGCGUCGUUUGAAAAAUGUGAGAGAAAGGAAUUUUCAGCAGAAUGGCGGGAUGCUGUUGCAGGAACGCAUCGCUUCCAUGGGGGGAAGAAAAAGCUUGAGAAUAUUUUCUGAAAGAGAAUUGGAAAUAGCUUCCAACAACUAUUCAACAGAAUUGGGGAAAGGUGGCUUCGCAUUUGUUUACAAAGGACUUCUUGAGGAUGGCACACCUCUAGCAAUUAAAAAACCCAGAGCAAUUUCAGAUGAGUUUAUCAAUGAACUUAUAAUUUUGUCUCAUAUAAAUCACAGAAAUGUAGUGAAAUUGCUUGGUUGCUGUAUGGAAACUCAGUUUCCUUUGAUUGUAUACGAAUUUGUGUCAAAUGGGACAGUUUAUGAACAUCUACAUUCCACAGACAAGCACUUGUCAUGGCAAACACGGUGGCAGAUUGCAAUGGAGACCGCAGAGGCAAUAUCAUAUAUGCAUCUUCAAGCCUCUCAGCCCAUUUUUCACCGAGACAUAAAAUCUUCAAAUAUUUUGUUAGACAACACAUUCACUCCAAAAGUAGCAGACUUUGGUCUUUCUCGUUUAAGACCUUUUGAAGAAAACCACUUAAGCACCAUCGCAGUGGGUACUCGAGGUUAUGUGGAUCCAGAGUUCGUGAGGAGCAGCCACUUUACAGACAAAAGUGAUGUAUAUAGCUUCGGUGUAGUUUUGGUAGAACUUCUCACUGGUCUCACACCAUUGUUGUCAAUAAAAGGAUCUAUGUGCACUUUGUGUGAUCAUUUCCUAUCUGCAAUUAAUGACAAUCGCCUCACUGAAAUUUUAGAUUCUGAAGUGCUAAAAGAGGAAAACCAAGGGCAAAUGGAGAAUAUGGCAAGGUUAGCAAAAGCAUGUUUGCAAGAGAAGGCAAAAGCCAGGCCAUCCAUGAGAGAGGUCGUGGAGGAGCUUAUAUGGAUAAGAGCCGCCGUAAAACAGCCGAGGCUUUAUAGAGAUGUAAGUCUCGUAGAGCACAAGGGUGAUCGAGAACAAGCACGAAUAAAUUAUCAGACUUUACCAACCACAAGUGAUAGUACUUGUAAGGAUCUAGCUGAGGAUUAUUAUUACAAUUCUCGACCUGUUACAGCAACUGAUUUGGAGGGCCCUUCCACUGCAUUGAUUCAGAUGGAGAUGUCACAAACGCAUGGACGAUGAUCAAGGAAAUGAAUGACAAAGAAGCAGACAAGGUGUUUUGUGAACAAAGAUAUUGUAAUUAACAUAUAUGUAAUCUCAUGCUAUAAGUAUAUUUUGAAGUGUGCAAUUAAAUGUAACUUAAUGUAAAAAGGGUAUUAUUUGUGUAAAUGUU